AUGGACAAAAAGGCUCUCAGUGCCCAGCUGGGCUUCAUGCACGUUGUGAAGGAAGAGGUGAAAACAAUCACAAAGUUCCUCCAGUUCCUGGGAUGGAUAGAGAAACGAGAGAUUCGGGUGGUCCUGAAGAUCACCAAUUUGGACAAGUGCACUCAGGACAAAGUGGUAGGUGUUCUGGACGCCAUCAAUAUACUUCUUUCCGACAAGGAUGCCCCAUUUAUCUCCAUCUUGGCUGCCGAUACAAGCAUCCUUGUGGAAUGUAUCCAAAAAAAUAAAAACAUGAAUGGCUACUUGUACUUAGACCGAAUUGUGUCCUUGCCCUUCUCCCUGCCGCAGAUGACCCCUAAGGAUGAAGAAGUCAACAAUAAGGAAAUUAUAUUUAUCCGUGAUCAGUUGAAGAAUCACAGGUACAUCCCAGGGAAUUCUGCCCAACUGAAAAGGGUGCUGAGCACAGUCCUGACCAUCUGUUCCAUGACCAAGGUGACAUCGGAGACUGAAGCCGAACAUAAAGAAAAAAUAAAAGAGGCGAUAGACUGGGUUGUUCUUGCCAACUGUUGGCCUUGCCGCCUGAGCUGGAUUUUGCAGUGUGAGGAAGAUAAUCGACAGCAAAGAAAACUUGAGGAAAGCCAGGCAGCAAACCCAAAUGUGAGGCAGGGCAAUGGCAGAAGACACCAACAAGGGACGCAAGCCGAGAAAACGUUACUGCAAAUUUACAACGACCACGAGUCAGAAUUUGCUGAGUAUGCUGCGAAAGAUAAUAUACAAAGCCUCCUGGAACUUGAUGGAGAUCCUGAUCUUUUCACGAGCUUCUUGGUCAACAAGGAGAGGAGUUUCACAGCAGAGAAGGUCAGUUUUUUUGCAAACCUUCUGCUCAAUUUGGAUUACUCUUUGAAAAGGCCAUUUGAGUUGCUCCGAGGUCGGAGGAACAUACGGAAAAGUGAGAAACGACAACAAGAACUGGCAGAAAUAGUCACCAGACUUUGA